UUUGAACUUGAACGAGUGCAUGCAAGCGAGUGCCAGUGGAAACGCUACUGAAUUUAUGAACUUUUACACCUGACCUUGAUGUAAAACAACAAUGAACGUGCAUCUGUUUUCGGUCUUUGUGCUCUUAAGCUUAUUUUCUUGUUGUAAUUGUUGGAUUUGGGGUGUGAAUUGGCUUUGGAAAUCUACCGCCUCGAAAAAUGAAAACAGAGUUAUUGAAUACAUUGGUGAUGUCCCUGUGCCAAAUGUUCCAUAUGAAGCCAAAACCGACGAUGAAAAGUUUCUGGAAGCUGCCAAAAAGUACACAGAUUUGCAGCUUUCGGAAUUGGAUACCUGCCAACAUAAGAUAGUGUUAAAAAUACGUACGUCAUGUUCGGAAAUGACAGAAGAAGAAUUGGCAAAAAUGAGUGUGAAUUUGCUGAACUGUCAAGCUGCAGUUGAAGGGCGUGAACAGUUUCCAUGUACCGAUGAAAUGUCUCUUAAGGAGUGCACUUCUGCUAUGGAUGCAGACAUGUGGAAUGCUUAUCAUUUGAUCAGCAAUCGAGCAAGAGCUGUCUGUUAUUCAGCACGACAACAACAAUUCAGAGCUCAGUCAGAUAUUGCUGUGAAUAAACUUAUGCAGACAGCAUACAGCCAAUUGUCAACCAUGGAAAAGCUCAAGGAGGGCCAACAGAAACUGGGGUCUUUUGCUGCUGAAACGUUGCAAUCUCUUGCUACUGGCCAAGAGUCUCUUUUACUGCAGCAAGAACGAAUGAAAAUAACACAACAGAAUCUUCGAGAUUUUGUGGGGCUCAACUUACGAGAACUGACUAGAGAAAAGGCAUUGAUUGCUGCAGGGCAUAAAGAACUUAGCAGACUUACUGAAGAUAUCAAAGCCAAACUCGAUGCUGCUAGUGCUCAGCUAAUGGAUCAAUCUUCAGAGCAAAAGAGCAACCAUCUCCAACUUGUUCAAGACUUGGAAGUAAUUAAGGAGCAAGCAAAAUAUAUAUGGAAUGAAAUUGAAUUAAGUACUCAAAAGAUACUAAAUCAUCAUGAGCUAGCCUCUUUAAAAUAUGAGGAAACCCUAGAUAAACUUACAAAAAUUAAUACAACAGUUAAUUUUCUUUUAAACCUGUUGGAAACAAUCCACAGUGAAUUAAAUGAACGUCUGGGAUGGCUCAGUGGUUUGAUAGGAGCAGCUGGUAUAUACACAGUUUUCAUGCAUAUUGUCUACCUCCUUCUGGGAAUGAUAGCAAUUGCAUAUGUGCAUGCCCCAGCUUUUACAAGGAUGUGCCUUCUUAUAAUAGUUCCUUUGAAUCUUUCUGUACUUUAUCAUCAUGGUGAUAAUACAGCCUUAGAUUUUAUUUCAAUGUCAAUGAUCAUCCUCCUUUUAUCAGCAGUACACUGGUUUACUGUUAAUCUCAUGUUGUAUACCAGCAAUAGGAAUACUCAUGCGGAAAAGUCACAAUUCAUGAAACCAGUAAAUGGAAAUUUGGAGCAUUCUGAUCUAAAUAUCCAGUGUCAGAUAAAAUCUAUGUGGGAAUCGUGCAGAGAAAACAUUACGAAACUGAUAGGCUGCUUCAAGCAGUGGUCGGCAACAGUACCUAACAAUCAACAGCAUUCAGUAGAAAAAGACCGUUAUGAUAAUGAUCAUGAUACAGAUGAACACUCACAAGAUGAAAGUGAAAGAAGUGCUUCUAUCCCACCUUUAUUUCAUAACAGGGUGAAUACUUUUUUAUCUUAUUUCAUAUUUUUAUUCUGUGUUACUUGUAAUGAUUUCUUUCUCAUGUGAUAUAAACAAAUGCCAUCUCUAAUGUGUGUGAAAGAAAAACUAAUAAAAUAUAAUGCAAUAAUAAAUUACUGAUGUAUUUAUUAUUAUGAUGAUGAGUUCCAGUGUAUAUUAAAUUAAAUUUCUGCUAUUUAAUAAAUGUAAAAUACUCGCCAUUUGAGUGCAGCUUUUC